AAGUUAGAUCUCAUCGGAAUAUCAAUGCAGACACUUUAAUUCCCAGAAAAAAAAAAGACGAAUUAAAUAAAAGGUUAAAACACAGAAGGAAGCAAAUGGCUGAAUCUUCAUCACAAACAAAAUGCAGAAAAAGAAAGAUCAUGGAUGAAACACAUGCAUUUUCUCAUGGCUCCAGCAGUCUCCUGUCUGAAGAUCAGCUGCUGUGUUCAAUCUGUCUGGAUGUGUUCACUGAUCCAGUCACCACUCCAUGUGGACACAACUUCUGUAACAGCUGCCUUACACAGUGCUGGGACAAGAGUCAACACUGUCUCUGUCCAUUGUGUAAUCAGAAAUUCACCAAGAGACCUAAACUGAAGAUUAAUAUAACACUGAGAGAGGUUGCAGAUCACUUCAAGAAGAAAAGAGGUUCUGAAAAAUCGGAGGUUCUUUGUGAUGCCUGCAGUGGAGAGAAGCUGAAGGCCCUGAAAUCCUGUCUGGAUUGUGGACUGAGUUUGUGUAAAACUCAUCUAGAGCCUCAUAAUCAUGUUUCCAAACUCAAGAAACACAAGCUAAUCAACCCUGUGGAGAACCUGGAGGACUACAUAUGCCAGAAACAUGAGAGAGCUCUGGAGCUGUUCUGUAGAGAUGAUCAGACGUGUGUGUGUCAGUUCUGUACUGAAGGAGACCACAAGAAUCACAACACUGUUCCUAUAGAGGAGGAGAGCAGAGAGAGGAAGACUCAGCUGGUGAAAACACAAUCAGAUGAGCAGCAGAUGAUUCAGGACCGACAGAAGACGAUAAAACAGAUCAAUCACUCAGUAGAGCAAAGCAAAAGAAGCACAGAGAAAGAGAAAGCAGACAGUGUUGAAAUCUUCACUGCUCUGAUUCGCUCCAUUGAGAGAAGUCAGGCUGAGCUGCUGGAGGUGAUGGAGGAGAAGCAGAAAGCAGCAGAGACGCAGGCUGAAGGACUCAUUAAAGAGCUGAAGCAAGAAAUCCUUGUGCUAAAGAGGAGAGACACUGAACUGGAGCAGCUCUCACACACUGAGGAGCAUCUCCACCUCCUACAGAUUUACUCCUCCAUAUGCAGCCCUCCACACACCAAGAACUGGACUGAGAUCAGUAUUAACACUGAUGUGAGUGAGGACACUGUGAGGACAGCUCUGUCUCAGCUUCAGCAGACUCUGAAUGAGAAACUCAAUAAAACACUCGAUGACAAGUUAAAGGAAACAGUUUCCAAAGAACUGAAGAGGAUUCAGCAGUAUGCAGUGGAUGUGACUCUGGAUCCCGAUACAGCAAAUUCAUAUCUCAUCCUGUCUGCUGAUGGAAAACAAGUGAGAGAUGGAGACGAACGACAUAAUCUCCCUGAUACACCACAGAGGUUUAAAGGAAGACCGUGUGUUCUGGGAAAGCAGAGUUUCUUAUCUGCAAAAUUUUAUUAUGAGGUGCAGGUCAGAGGGAAAACUGAGUGGUAUAUAGGAGUGUCCACAGAAUCAAUUAACAGGAAGGAAGAGAUUACACUGAGGCCUCAGUUUGGAUUCUGGACUGUGGGUCUGUCGAACAAGAAUGAAUACAGGGCAUAUGCUGGUCCCUCUGUUCCCCUCACACUGAGAGAGAAGGUGGAGGUUGUGGGGGUGUUUGUGGAUUAUGAGGAGGGUCUGGUCUCCUUUUAUGAUGUGAAGUCCAGAUCUCAUAUCUACUCUUUCACUGGUCAGUCUUUCACUGAGAAACUCUAUCCUUUCUUAAGUCCUUGUUUAAAUAAUGGAGGUAAAAAUUCAGCACCACUGAUCAUCUCUCCUGUAUUCAAGUCAGAGUGAAUUUUCACCUUACAAAUUAUUUAAUGAUCGAUAAACUGGUGAGAAUUAAAAUAUUCUCAAAGAAAUAUAUGUAGUCUUUAUAUAAACAUAUAUAAACAUAUUAUAGAUACAUAUUGCCUUUUAAAGUGCUAUACAGACUAUGUAAUCUAUAGAUAGAUAUAAUUAUACCUGGUUUUAAUCGUAAUCCUACGCUUUUAUGAUUAUAUGGCAUUAUGGUUGUGGAAUGUAUUUAUUACAAAUUAAAAUGAAAAGUUUCAUUAUUAUGCAGAUGACACAGUUAUUUAUAGUUCUGCAUCCACACCCAAUCAGGCUCUUUAGCAGUUACAGUUUGCAUUUGAUAUUGUUCAGUGUAAUUUGUUUGAAUUAAAAUUAGUUUUAAAUGUUGAUAAAACAAAAUUCAUGUUGUUUUCUAAAUCCAAACCAAUCUCAAAGAAUAAUCUUCUGCCUAUUACUACGUCUCAAGGUUCAGAAAUUGAGUUUGUGUCUCAGUAUAGGUAUCUGGGGAUUUUAAUUGAUGAUGCUUUCUCCUUUGGCCCUCAUGUAGAGCAACUGGUGAAAAGAUUGAAACUGAAAUUGGGUAUUUAUUUUAGAAUCAAAUCCUGUCUUACCUUUGAGGCAAAAAAGAGGCUUGUUGAAGCGACUUUUAUGCCUGUACUGGAUUACGGUGAUGUUUUAUAUAUAUGCAUGCAUCUUCACAGUGUUCACAUGCUAUUGAUACUGUUUAUCAUGGUGCAUUGAGGUUUAUAACAAAUCGUAAAACCCUUACUCUUCACUGUGUGUUGUAUGCUCGGGUUGGCUGGUCUGUGCUGUCCAUCCGAAGACAAAAACACUGGCAUGUUUUUAUAUAUAAAUCUAUCCUGGGUUUACUUCCAUCAUAUCUUUGUACAUAUAUCUUUAAAAAGUAUGCUUGUAACUAUAGCCUCAGGUCACAAGAUAUAUAUUUUACUUUCUGUUCCAGUGGUACGUACUGAAUGUGGGAAAAAGGCAUUUAAAUUGGCUGCUCCCUCUGCCUGGAAUUGUUUGCAAAGAGCAUUAAAUCUGAGGACACUGGAUCCGUUGGACAUUUUUAAAAAACUUUUACAUGAUUUGGAGAAAGAAACAUCGGGCUGUAGGUGUUUUAAUUAGAUUUUUAUUUAUAUUGAAAUUUGAUGGAUUUGCUUGUGUGUGUGUGUGUGUGUGUGUGUAUAUAUGUAUUGUUGGAUAUUUGUUAAACUCAAACGUGCUUGUAUCUGUUAGUCUUGGCCAGGACGCACUUGUAAAAGAAAUUUUUAAUCUCAGUGUGCUUCUUUCCUGGUAAAAAUAAAGGUUAAUAAAAAUUAAAAAAGA